GGAGGCCGUGCGGCGGAGGGGGAGCCAGCACCGGGCCCCCCCCCGCCGUUACGGCUCCCGCCUCCCUUCCGGCGGCGGCUGCUUCCCUGCGCCGGGGGCGGACGGGCGGGUGGAGCGGAGCCGCGCCGAGCCGAGCCGCGCCGAGCCGAGCCGAGCCAGGGUCCUGCACUGCCUGAGAUGCCCAGCCGCCCCUGCCGGGCCCUUGCCCCACUGCCCUAGGCGCUGAAGCCAGCGGACGCCCGGCGCUGCACGCACCAAGGCGGCCCCCGGUCAGUGAGCCCAGCGGACGGCGGUGGAUGAGCGCUCGGCCCCGGCCUAGCCGCACUCGCACACCGGCACCAUGGACUUUGUCAUGAAGCAGGCGCUGGGCGGGGCCACCAAGGACAUGGGGAAGAUGCUGGGGGGCGAGGAGGAGAAGGACCCCGACGCGCAGAAGAAGGAGGAGGAGAGGCAGGAGGCGCUGCGCCAGCAGGAGGAGGAGCGGAAAGCCAAGCACACCCGCAUGGAGGCCGAGCGGGAGAAGGUCCGGCAGCAGAUCCGCGACAAGUACGGGCUGAAGAAGAAGGAGGAAAAGGAGGCCGAGGAGAAGGCAGCGCUGGAGCAGCCAUGUGAGGGCAGCCUGACGCGCCCCAAGAAGGCAAUCCCGGCAGGCUGCGGCGAUGAGGAGGAGGAGGAGGAAGAGAGUAUCCUGGACACCGUGCUCAAGUACCUGCCCGGCCCACUGCAGGAUAUGUUCAAGAAGUAACAGCACCGCCAACCCCGCCAUGGGGUGCUGGGGCAUGGGCGCCCUUCCCCUCCCCCUCCAUCCCUUCCUCUGGCCCUGGGGGGGGGGGGGCCCCGCACCCCUCCCCAUCACCCCUGCCUUGACCAGACCACCGCCCCCCGUCCCGUCCAGGCAGGGCCCCCCCUGACCACGCUGUGCCAAAGGGGAGUGUCCCUGGCCGGACAGGGCGAACCGGGACCAAAUGCACUGACAUAACCUCAGAGCAGGCCGGGGCACCCCGGGCCCUGCAGGAUCCUGGGGUGGCUCCCCGUGUCCUCCAGCCCCAGCCCUCCCUUUGCCCCACCUCCCUCCUGCCCUCCUGCGCACGCCGGGGGGCCCCGGCCGGCCCCCCCCCCCCAGCACUGCCACCCCCAGCCCCUUCCUGCCCAAAGCACAAAGCCAGGCGCCCUGCCCGCAGCUCCCCAGCCCCCGGUCCCUGGGCACGGGGGUCCCCCCAGGCCGCCCGGUGUGCCCCCGCACCGGGGGGUCGCGGGGGACCCUCUCCCCGCAUCUCUGGCCCCAUAGUUAAAGCCAUAUCAGUUAGACUGCAAUACUUCAGCACCAGGAGGAGCUGGCGCCGCGCUCCGCCGACCGUGUACAAAGGCGCGUGCGGGGCAGGGCCCCCCCUGCCUCGUCCCCCCCGCCCUGUCCCCGCCGUCCCCACCGCUCGCUCGUCCGUGUCUCGGCCCCGCUGGCCCCUGUUCUCGCGUUAGUGUCUCCGUGCCAGGGUGCGCCCCGUUGCUCCAUGCGUCCUCGUGUUCGCCGCUCACGCCCCCGCCCCGCCGUUCCCGGGGCCCCCGCAGCGCCAAGCCGAGUGCCCCGCGCUGCCCGGGGGGCCCUGCUCUGCCCUGUGCCCGUGGGCCGCAAUAAACCCAGCGCGGAGCCGAGGGCUGCUGAGCCGGUCCCGGGCUGUCCGCGCACAGCUACCAGGCUGGGAGCACCCGGCUGCCUCCCCUGAACGCUGGACGCACAGUUCUCCCGGGCCUGGCAACGGACCUCUCGGGCAGGGCGCCCUGGGCACGUCCCCGCGCCCCGACGGGGGGAUACGGGGGCAUGCCAUCGCCCCCACCCCGUCCCUCGCCCCGCCGUGCUCCCGCCCCCUUGCGCUUCCUCCGCCACAGGCCCCCAGCCACUCACGGAGGGCGGCGCGGGGCCUCGCAGCCAUGCCGUGACCAUCCUGCUCGAACUAGUCUUUGACAAACUAAUAAAAUAAAGGGAUUUGUACAUUG